GACCUGAGCGCAGCAGGAGGACGGAGGACUCGCUGGCUCUGCCUCAGCAUCAUCCCCCCCGGACCCUGACGCCUGUCCUCAGGGUGCUGCGCUCCCCGCACCCCUUCGAGACGGUGCAAGGCUUUGCUGAAAGCGGUUGGCAGGCUGAGAGACGUCUGCGGGCGACGGUGAAGCUCGUUAUACAAGGGGAAGGGGGUGAUGCUGAGAGCUGCUGGCACCCCGGCCUCACGCUGGUUCUCCACACCACUAGCAGGCUCCAACGUCGGACAUCUGGGAAGCCUGCCAGUGUGUCCCUGGAAAGGAUCUCCAAUCAGCUGAGGGUCAGCUCCCCAGCGUCCAGGCAGGAAGAGAGGAUGGAUGGCAGGACAGGCACUGAGCAGGAUGGAGACUGUGCCACUUCAGGGUAUGGCCAGGGGCUGAAGUCAGAGCCCCGUUUCCAGAGUGACUCUCUCUUGCCUUCCCCCAGUGCAUCCCUGCUAUCACAGCUCCUCAGCCACUCAAAGGCUGGCAGGAGCCUGGAUGCCACCAUCCUUUUCCCUUCCUCUCAGGCACUGGCCCUGCCUCAGGACUACGAGCAGGGUGCAUCUCCUGGGGAAGGAGCGCAAGUCCUGGCUUUCUCCAGGAUGUGUGCCCCGAUGCCUGUCCCCUGUGCUGGCCACAGGGACCAGCUCCCUGACCAGCACCUACGGGACCCGCUCCCCGACCAGCACCUACGAGCCAAGCGGGCCAGGGUGGAGAGCAUCAUCCAAGGCAUGAGCCUCCCACCGACCCCUCAGGCAUUUGGCACCAGCCAUGAGGCAGCUUUUGGGAACGAGAGGGAGAGGGUCAGUGAGAUGCCCCGGGAGAGCAAGAGGAAGCCAAGGGUGCCCCAGCAGGCCACGGGGGGGUCCAGGCAAGUGGCUCCCAUGGGGGGCAGUUCCCAUGCUGAGGGCUACCAGCAGCUGAAGGAGCAGCUCUACUUUUUAGAACAGCAGCUGAGGUGGCUUCAGGAGAGGUUCUCUGAGGUCUGUGACUCUGGGGAUGCUGCCCAAACCCAGGAAGAUGCCAGGAAAGUCCAUGCACUGCCUGGGAAGCCUGGAGACACUCCUGACAAGGACAGUGUCACUGCCAUCAGCAACUCAAGUGAAGCACCUCUGCGUAGGAGCGUCCUGGAGGUGCGUGGGCCAGAGGAAGAUGAGGACAGAGCUGACACAGGUGGCCUGCCCUCGGCAGCAAGGGUCCUCUCGCAGGCGCUGAAGCAUGAGCUCGUGGGGGUGAUGUCCGGGGUGGUGGACUCUGUCCUGAAGACUGCUUGGCCAAAGGCGGCCGGCCACCUCCUGCAGCAGCACCGCAGCCUCCCGGUGCCAGAGCCUGAUGCCAGGAGAGACCAUUUUGCUGCUGGAAAAUGCAGAAAGCCACUUGCUAAGCCAUCUCCCAUGAGUGUACUGGGCUCGAUGGGCUCACCCCAGGCUGAGGCCUUGUCAGGAGGUUUGGGGAAGAGCCAAGGUUCUCAUGCUGGCUCCUUUGGUUCAAAGGGGGUCAGAAAACCCUCACAGCUACUCAGCGUGGGUUAUUCGUUGCGUUCGGCCGCCGCUGUCCAGGACAGCCAACUGCUGAGCCAGCUGCUGGGCUAUGACCAGCACGGCCUCUGGGGCAGUGGCUCUUGUGGGAGCCCCUCUGUUCCGGAGAGGACUCCUCCAGAGCCCCUCGACUUGCAUUGGGGAACCAUCAAACUGAGGUCGUCGGUCCUGAGACAACAGCAGCAGCAGCCUCCCUUGCCCCUGAGCCCUGCCGACAUGGAGAGCCUGACGCUGCUGCCGGCUGGCAGGGAUGGCCACAGGGAGCUGCAGACUGCGAUGGAUGGGGUGCCCUUCGCUUCCACCCAUGUGCAGGAGGCACUGACCCCUGGCCACCUGAAGAAGGCCAAGCUGAUGUUUUUCUUCACCCGCUACCCCAGCUCCACUCUGCUGAAGACCUACUUCCUCGACGUGCAGUUCAGCCGCUGCAUCACCUCCCAGCUCAUCAAGUGGUUCAGCAACUUCCGCGAGUUUUACUACAUCCAGGUGGAGAAGUUUGCUCGGCAGGCACUGCUGGAGGGUGUUGUGGAUGCCGGCACCCUCCGGGUCUCCCGGGACUCGGAGCUUUUCCGUGCCCUGAACACACACUACAACAAGGGGAAUGACUUUGAGGUGCCAGGUCGGUUCCUGGAGGUGGCCAGCCUGACGCUGCGGGAAUUCUUCAGCGCUGUCAGGGCGGGCAAGGACGCCGAUCCCUCCUGGAAGAAACCCAUUUACAAAAUCAUUUCCAAAUUGGACAGCGACAUCCCGGAAGGGUUCAAAGCCACGGGCUGCUCUCAGGAACUGCUCCGCAGCUGA